UGGGGAAGGACCCUUGGGCUGUUAAGAUCUGGGGUUGAAGCUAUUUGCAACCACCUCGUGUCUCCGUGGGUUCUAUCUUUGGCUCUUUUGGCCUCCGCCGGCAUGCUCAACCUGCUCGUUUUACUGGGGCGUCGUAACGGCGAAUCAACAACAGACGGUGAUCGACACUGAUCGACAGCAGACCCAGACCCGGAUGCUCUUCUCAACCAGGAUGACGACUGCAAUUUUCUAGCACGCACCUCCCAACGGCCAACAAGCAGUAUUCUUGGCGGCUUGGCAAUAUAUGUACCACUCGUACCGCCACCUAUUAUUUUAUUACUCCAACAGACGUCAAGUUGCCCCCACCUCCGAGCCUGACAGGGACGGUGAUACCAUCGCAACCACAACACCGGCAUCGGCACCAUGCGACUCCUCCAUUUGCGAAGCGUGCUGCUUCCAGUCUGCCUCAUGGGCAUAGGCCUGGCACACGCGCAAGUGACGGAUUCCAGCCCUCAUCAAGCACCUCUCCCACCCGCCGCCAAUGGCGACGCUCCGAGUGAGGCUGUCCGCCCCAACAUCGUCUUCAUCAUCACAGACGACCAGGACCUCCACAUGGACUCGCUGGAUUACAUGCCCUUUGUCAAACAGCAUAUCGUAGACGAGGGGACCUUCUUCCGGCGCCAUUUCUGCACCACGGCGCUUUGCUGCCCUUCAAGGGUAUCGUUGUUAACUGGAAAAUUGGCGCACAACACGAACGUGACCAAUGUGGUCCCCCCAUACGGAGGAUAUCCCAAGUUCAUCUACGAGGGGCUGAACGACAAGUACCUUCCCGUUUGGCUGCAAGAAGCCGGCUACAACACCUACUACACUGGGAAGCUGUUCAACGCCCAUAGCACGUCCAACUACAACAACCCAUAUGCGGGUGGGUGGAAUGCCUCGAGCUUUUUGUUGGACCCGUUCGUGUAUUGGUACAUGAACAGCACCUACAGCAACAAUGAAGGCCCGAUAGAGAGUUUCGAAGGGCUGUAUAGCGUGGAUGUGCUCGCCAACAAGUCGACUGCGCUCCUGGACGAGGCAAUCAAGGCAGACAGGCCCUUCUUCCUCGGGAUUGCCCCUGUCGCCCCGCACGCAAACAUCUGGGCUCCGGGAUACAAGGACGGCCUGGGCAGCAACGUCUCGGAUGUCGUAUUCUCGCCGCCUGUAUGUGCCGAGAGGCACGCCGACCUCUUCGAGGGCGUCCAGGUUCCGAGAACGGACAAUUUCAAUCCCGAUAAGCCGUCUGGCGGGAGCUGGAUACGGAGGUUGCCCCAGCAGACGCAGGAGAACGUCGAUUUCAACGAUCACUACUACCGCCAGCGCCUCCGGGCUCUGCAGAGCGUCGACGAGAUUGUGGACAGCGUUGUCAAGCAGCUAGAGGCCAACGGAAUCAUCGACAACACCUACAUCAUCUACACGACCGACAACGGAUACCACAUCGGCCAGCACCGCCUCCAGCCCUCCAAGCAGUGCAGUUUCGAAGAAGACAUCAACAUCCCCUUCAUCGUGCGCGGGCCCAACGUGCCCAAGAACCUGGUAACCGACAUCAUCACCACGCACACCGACGUGGCGCCCACCCUCCUCAGCAUAGUCGGCGCCCCGAUGCGCGACGACUUCGACGGCGUAGCCAUCCCGCUGACGGCCGACGCCAUCGCCGACGCGGGCCGCACGCGGCACGAGCACGUCACGGUCGAGCACUGGGGCUUCGCGUCCAACGAGGGCACCGUGUACGAGGGCUUCCAGAAGAUGUACUUCAACAACACGUACAAGGCCGUGCGCGUCUACGGCGGCGGCGGGGCUUACAACCUGCUCUACCAGGUGUGGUGCAACAACGAGCACGAGCUGUACGACAUGAACACCGACCCGGGCCAGAUGGUCAACCUGCUGCUCCCGGAGGAGACGCCGUCGGCGCCGGCAAGGAAGCUGCUGGGUGUGCCAUUGGAGCAGCUGACGACGCGCCUGGACGCGCUGCUGUUUGUGCUCAAGUCGUGCAAGGCAGAGGCGUGCGUGCAGCCGUGGAAGGCGCUGUUUCCGGCGGAGAAUGUGGGGAACCUGCAGGAUGCGCUGGCGGAGCGGUAUGACUCCUUCUUUGCGCAGAGGUCGGGGGUCGAGUUUAAUCAGUGCGAGAUGGGGUAUAUCCUGGAGUCCGAGGGGCCGCAGUUCGGGGAGGAUGGGGCGGAUGGUCCGGCUUUCCAGAUUGAUGCGAAUUGGCAUGAGUUUACUUGAUGGGAGUGGAUGGAGAGGAUGUGAUAGUUGAUUGGAGAUGCUGAAUUGGAAAAGUGGUAGAGAAGAGAGGAGACGAAAAAGAUGAUCCUGAGAAGA